CUUUUCACCAAAAAAAAAAAAACAUUAUAAUUUUAUAUAAAUUAAAACUCUCACUCACUCUUUCUCUCACAGCCGUCGCUUAAACAGAACCCAUUGCCGUCCGUGAACGCCUUCCCGUCCGUCGAUCGGUUUACGCCCUCUUCGCCGCCCACUGAUAACAAUAUUUCAAACCAAUAAAAUGGUACGAGCGUAUGCUAUUAAAGGGAUGAAACGGAAGAAUAGAGGCGAGAAGUAUGAUAAAGAAGAACAAGAACAUAAUGAACAAGUAGGAGAAGCAGAGAAAGAACGGGCAAAGCGAGCUGCUAUUGAAAAGCCAACAGAGGAAGUCGAAGUUAAAGAAGAAGAGGAAGGAGCUGAAGCUGGAACAGAUGAACUUGUGGGAAUCCCAAUUGCUCCCAGUGAAAAAAUGAAUAACACAAAUGGGGUCAUUUUUGUUCUUGAGAAGGCUUCAUUGGAAGUUGCUAAAGUUGGAAAGAGUUUCCAACUCUUGAACUCGGAUGAUCAUGCCAAUUUCUUGCGGAAAAAUAACAAGAACCCUGCUGAUUACAGACCUGACAUAACACAUCAGGCUCUACUGUCGAUUCUAGACAGUCCGGUCAAUAAGGCUGGGAGAUUGCAAGCUGUGUAUGUUAGAACUGAGAAAGGUGUACUUUUUGAAGUUAAAGCUCACGUUAGAAUUCCGAGGACAUAUAAGCGGUUCUCUGGUAUAAUGUUGCAACUGCUACAAAAAUUAAAUAUAACUGCUGUUGGCAAGCGGGAAAAGCUUUUACGAGUGAUAAAGAAUCCCGUAACCAAUUAUUUUCCUGUCAAUUCUCGCAAAAUAGGUUUCUCAUAUAGCUCAGACAAAUUAGUUAAAAUGAGGAAAUACGUAGAUGCUGUUGGUGAUGAUGUGAAUCUUGUUUUUGUGGUGGGUGCAAUGGCCCAUGGGAAAAUAGAGGUAGAUUAUAUAGAUGAUUUUAUAGCGAUUUCCGGUUAUCCACUAAGUGCUGCAAUGUGCAUUGCAAGGAUUACUGAAGCUUUGGCAGAUAAGUGGAGCAUAUUGUAACACUCUUAUGUCUCUCCCUGCUUCAAUGGCUUCGAUUUUGCGAUAGGUUAUCAGUUGUAUUUCACAAAUUGUUUGAUGCAAUAGUAAAAAUUAUUCUACAUA